AUGGAGAAGCUCAUUUCAAGUAGGCGCAACCUUAAAUCCGUGCCAGAAUCUUAUAUUCUACCACCGGAAAUUAGACCUGGCAACACUGUUUUUCCUCUAUGUAACAUCAUUCCAGUGAUUGACCUUGGAGGAGAUCAUCUAGCUUGUGAUGGAGCGAAAAUCACUGAUGAACUGGUAAAGGCUAGUCAAGAAUUUGGAUUUUUCCAGUUGAUUAAUCAUGGGGUUUCGGAGAAUUUAAUGCAAGAUGUGUUGAAGGUGGCCAAUGAGUUCUUUCAACUGCCUGCAGAUGACAAAGAUAGAUUCUACUCUGAGGACCCCAGGCAAAGUUGCAGGCUUUACACAAGCAUCGAUUAUGUUCAGGAAAAGGUGCAUUAUUGGAGAGACAACUUGCGACACCCUUGUCAUCCUCUUCAGGAACAUGUACAAUUUUGGCCUGAAAAGCCAACUCAAUACAGAGAAGUGAUUGGGAAAUAUUCCAUUGAGGUUAGGAGGAUAAGUUUGUUUCUUUUGGACUUAAUAUGUAAAGGAUUGGGACUUGAAAGUGGAUAUUUUGAGAACGAACUAAGCCAAGUUCAAUCGAUGACCAUUAAUCACUAUCCACCAUGCCCAGAUCCGAGUUUGACCUUGGGAUUGCCUAAACAUAGCGAUGUAGGCCUCUUAACCAUUUUGCUCCAAGGAGAUAUUCCUGGGCUUCAAGUCCUUAAGGAUGGGCAGUGGCUUGCUGUUGAGCCUCUUCCUAAUGCAUUUGUGGUCAACAUUGGCCAUGUGUUACAGAUUAUUAGUAAUGGGAGGCUAAAGAGUGCUGAGCAUAGAGUUGUCACCAAUCCAAAGGUUGCGAGAACAACAGUUGGCAGCUUCAUCCUUCCUUCCCCUGAUAGCUACAUUGAAUCUGCAAAAGCACUGACUAACAACUGCUAUCCUCAACUCUAUAGAACUUUUGUGUACAAAGAUUUUCUUCAUGCUUAUAUUGCAGAUACUAGCAAUGGGAUACCGCCUCUCGAGCGCUACAAGCUCCAGCACUGA